AUGGAAGAAGUACGAGAUGCUCCAUUAGAGUCUAUCCAUGGUCUCGAGUUUUACAAUUUGCCAGGACCUAUCUCGGCGAGGUCCCUCACCCAACCGCAGCUCAUCCAGAUUCGCUCUCCUUCUUCACGCCGACGCAUCAAGCGCCAUCGCAAUGAAAAAGAGAUUCCCCCGAAGGGAAAGAAAGACAUCAAAAAUUGCGCCCCCGACGGCCCCGAAGGACAAUCGAGCAAGGCCGACUCCGCGAUGUGCAAUGCAGGUUCACAAAGCGCGAAGAGUCAAUUAAUCCAGCCGGACAUCUAUUUCGCGGCAGGGACCAAUUCCUCGAGAAUCCGCUUGGCGCACUUCACUGUCCAUUGCGACCCGCCUUCACACUUGCUCGCGCAGAAUUUGCUUGCCGACAGCUUGACGAUGGCUCGUCAUGGGAAGAAGCGCGGUGGCGGCGGAGGCUUUGGAAAGCGGCGGCAUCAUCGCGACGAUCCGAACAACCACAAGAGGUACCCCGAAAUCGUCAAGAGCAAUGAGAAACUUGAGAGCCACUACAAUGCCAUUCUUGACAUGCCCGACGAGGAGAGGGUCGAGUUCUGGAACGCCUUGAAGAGGGAUUUACCGAACAGUUUCCGCUUUUGCGGCUCCAAAGGACAUGCUUUGGCUGCGCGCGACCUUCUCGAGACCCGCUACUUCCCCGAGAUCCAAAAGAUCGAGUACGAAGGCAAAAAAGUCGACCUUCCCCAACCCGUGCCAUGGUAUCCCGAUGAGUUGGCCUGGUGGAUGACCACCCCCAAGAAUGUUGUUCGCAAGUUCGGGCCCUUCUCUGCCUUCCAGAAAUACCUCGUUUCCGAGACUAGCGUCGGUCACAUCACUAGGCAGGAGGUUGUCAGCAUGAUUCCUCCUCUGCUCCUUGAUGUCCGCCCCGGCAUGACCGUUCUCGACCUGUGCGCCGCACCUGGAAGCAAGUCUUCCCAACUCUUGGAAAUGUUGCACGUCGGAGAGGAGGCCCGAGUAAAAAAGGUCCUUCGCGCCCAUGCUACCGAGGAUGGCCUGGAUCUCGGCCCCGAGACCGAAGAGGAGGCGAAUGCCGACCUGUCCGUCGACCCUAGCGAUGCUGGCCGCGCCACCGGUCUCCUGAUUGCCAACGACGCCGACUACAAGCGCUGCCACAUGCUUACGCAUCAGCUCAAGCGACUAUCCUCUGCGAACCUCUUGAUCACCAACCACGAUGCCACCCAGUACCCCUCGAUUAAGCUACCCCCUCUUCCCGAUAACCCUAAGCGUACCGUUUACUUGAAGUUCGAUCGUAUUCUCGCAGACGUUCCUUGCUCGGGAGAUGGUACUCUACGAAAGAACAGCAAUCUCUGGAACAACUGGGUUCCCGGAAGCGCUCUCGGUUUGCACCUUACGCAGGUGAGGAUAUUGGUGAGAGCCCUCCAGAUGCUCAAACCCGGCGGCCGAGUUGUCUAUUCGACCUGUAGCAUGAACCCCAUCGAAAACGAAUCCGUUAUUGCCGCCGCCAUAGACCGAUGCGGCGGCCUGGAGAAGGUUGACAUUAUAGACUGCUCUGACCAGCUUCCCGAGUUGAAGCGAAAGCCGGGUCUGAAGAGCUGGAAGGUCAUGGACAAGUCUGCUCAGUUUUGGGAUUCCUGGGCUGAGAUUGAGGAGAAGAUGAAAGAGGACCCCGAAUUCGUUGCUCCUGGACGACUAGUCGAAACCAUGUUCCCCAGGACGGGAGGCGAGGACCUUCCUUUGGAGAGGUGCAUGCGCGUUUAUGCCCAUCUUCAGGACACCGGUGGUUUCUUCAUUACCGUGCUUGAGAAGAAGGCCGAGUUCAAGGCGAAGCCUGAGAACCAGUCGAAGCCGACUCGUGAGGUAGCUAAGGCCGAUGAGGCCGAAGCUGCCCCGGUUCCCGAGACGGAGUCGCAUACUGAGUCUGCUGUAGAGACUCCUGCCGAGACUCCUGUAGAGACCCCCGCGGAAUCAUCGCAGACCAACGGUAAGAGGCCAAGGGUUGAAGAUGACAACGAGCAGAAGGACACCGACGCCAAGAAACCUAGAAUAGACGGGGACGAUGUGCAAAUGGGUGGCACGACGGAGGCAAAGGCCCAAGAGACGGCAGCGUCCACUCCCUCCUCCGAGAAGCCCUCGCGACCUGCGAACGGCGAGCGGAAAGAUACCUCGAUCAAAUACGAAGCCCCCUUCGUGUACCUCCCCUCCGACCACCAGGCCAUCACCGAGAUCAAGAAGAACUACACACUCUCCGACCGCUUCCCCCUCGACAGGUUCCUCGUCCGCAACGAGAACGGCGAGCCCGCCAAGGCCAUCUACUACUCCACCUCCCUUGCCAAGGACAUCCUCACCAUGAACGAUGGCCACGGUGUCAAGUUCAUCAACGGCGGCGUCAAGAUGUUCAUGAAGCAGGACGUGCCCAGCCCCGACGUGUGUCGUUGGCGCAUCCAGGCCGAGGGUAUGCCCAUCCUCGAGGGCUACGUCGGCGAUAAGCGCGUUGUGCAUCUCCAUAAGCGGGAGACGCUGCGCAGACUCCUUAUUGAGAUGUUCCCCAAGAUCGCUGAUGGGGGCUGGGAGUCGCUUGGCGAGAUUGGCGAGUGGGUGAGAGAUAUGAGCAUGGGCUGCCACGUGCUGAGGAUCGAGCCUGAUGGUUCUGAGGAUGGGUUUAAGGAGAGGAUCGUCAUGCCGUUGUGGAAGAGCGUUCAUUCGCUUAACUUGAUGUUGCCGAAGGAGGAUAGGGCCGCUAUGUUAUUGAGGUUGUUCAACGAUACGACGCCCUUGGUGAAUAAUGGUUUGCAGAUGCAGAAGGACAAGGAGGAGCAGAAGAGGAAAAAGCUUGAAGAGGAGGCUGCGGCUGCGGCUGCUGCUGAGAACGGGGAGGCGGGCGAGGGCGAGGCUGCUGUUGCGGAGGAGACGGUCCAGGAACAGAAUGGAGAGGUGGAGGAGGCUCAGGUUGAGGCGAAUGGUGCUUCUGCUUAA